AUGUCCCGCCCUGUUUCAAAGUUUGUCGAGUGGCUUGCCAGGGCUCCUAUCCAAGAUAAAUUCGGUCUUUGCGGGCUCCUCACUCUUGUAUGCUGGAUAUCUUAUAGCCUUGGACUCCGAUUCAGCUAUUUACCACUGAGGUUACAACGCACCGUAUCCUGGAGACGCUUCUUCCGGGCGCCAACACCAGACGUGCUCCAGUCGCUGGAUAUCCCGUCAUACUCGCAAGGGGGCAUACUUGCAACCUUGGUGAUUGCCAACGUCAUUGUAAUCACCUUUCAUGCUCAGAGCUGGGCGGAUGUGCACAGGCGAGCCGGAUGCCUGGCGGUCACACACCUUGUUCCCCUCUACUCCGGGUUGAGCUUCAGUCUUCCGGCCCACAUCUACCGUGUCGAACGAGGCACGUUUCAAUGGGCCCAUCGGUGGCUAGGCCGCAUUUGCGUGCUGCAUUGCCUUCUUCAUGGGUCCAUCUUAAUCACAAUGGCUCGAAAUACCAUGUUUGGAGCUCCCCUCGUCAUUCCACUCCUGGCCGGAUGCAGUCUCAUCUCAAUCAUGCCUUGGACGCUUGCUGGAAUUCUUCGACGGUGGCCGCAACUCGGCCUCGAGGUCCAUUAUGUGCUAGCUUCGAUCGCCACCGGCGCCCUUUUCUACCAUUUGAUCGACCGAGCAUCAUCCUACCGAUGGGUUUUACUGGGUGGUAUUUGCGCUGGAUGUGCCUGGAGUGCCGUCACUUGCCUGCACAGCAUGUGGGUCCAUAGGUCGUGGCGUAUCACCGCUCGAAAAGCCCUCGCGCGGUCUUCCAACCGGCUGUUAUGGCUUGAUAUCGUGGUUCCAGUAGAGUGGGUGGCUCGACCGGGGCAGUAUGUGCAGCUCUGGAUGCCACGCUUGGGAGUCAGAUCCUGCUUGCAGCUUCCUGCAUUUCACGUGGCUUCGGUGGCUACAGUGCAAAACCCCCCAGAAGCACCAACUCGUCUGCUACACAUAGUGACCCGACCUGGGCAGGGUGUGACUGGUAGGAUCGCGCAAGCUGCGGAUCGUGCACACUCCACAGUUCAUUUUCCAGUGUGCGUGCUGGGUCCUUACGGGCACCCACCUUACCUGGGACAGUACGGGACCGUCGUGUUUGUACUUGAAGACAUUGGACUCUUCCGUGCGUUGCCGUUCAUACGACACCUCGUUGAAGAAAGCCGAAGCCGGAAGAAUACGGUGCGACGGCUACAAGUUCUGUGGCAAGUUAAGCUGCAAAACUUCAACCAUCCCCAUUGGGUAGGGAACGAAAUAUCGCAAAUCCUCGAGCUUGACCGUAUGUUUGACCGAGACGAUUGUCCCGAGCAUAAACAUCGAGAUGACCGGGGAUUUGAUAUCCUGCAAUUCACCACGCAUAUUCUAGGCACUCAGCCCGCGGACCAGAUUCGUUACCGCAACCGAACGCGCUUGAAGUACCGUUUCCAUCCCAUUGACAUCACAAAGGAGCUAGCACGUUUCAUGGACGGUAGAGGCGGAAAAACUGCGAUUUCUGUAUGCGCAAGCAACCCGUUACGCGCAGCAGUUCGCCGUGUCGUUCAUCCCAGAAUGACGGGUACUGUUCGGUUAAUUGACCUGGACCUUGAACCCUCUGGCAACUGGUGGACUGGCGAUGACCCUUUCGACCAUGUAAAAUCCGACAGGAUGACAGCCUCGGAGCGAGCAGAAUCUUGCAGUGCUGGUACAAGUUUUGAGCCCACUUGGACGCCGGCCCCCGUUCCUGUUGCACAUACGGUCUCUGAACAGUCCGCGCGGCUCUCAGGAGAAACAUUGGUCGAUAUCAGACAAUCCUGGCAAGGCGAUGGGUCGGCGGUUGGAGGCCAGAGUGCCAAUCACAAAAAGUGGGUUCGGCAGAAAAUCAUGGAGGGUGUGCAUGGCCUCAGGCGGUGA